AUGAACAGUAACAAUUUCAUUCUAUCUGUAUGCAAUCAGAAUAUUAAAAAUAUAAAUAACAUUUCAGAUUCUGAUGAAACAAAUUCUUAUCAUAGUUUUGAUACGUUUUCAAAGAGUGACGAAGAAAAUAAUACACACAAUUUUAAUAAUAGAACAUAUAAAAAUCAAAUCGAAUACUUACAAAAUCUUCUAAAUAAUUUUAUUGAAAAAAGUAACAAUUUUUAUAUAUACAAAAAAAUUAUCAUAUCAUUAAAACGUGUGAACGAGAAAUUUUCAUUUCCUAAAUAUUAUUGUACCACCAACUUAGGUCGUAAAAAAAGAAAAAAUAAAAAUAAGAAAAUAAAUAUAUAUAAGAAUAUAUAUAAUAAAAGAAAUAAUAAUACAUAUAAUAAUAAUACAAAUAAUAAUAAUAUUUAUAUUCAUAGUUAUAGUAAUUGUAGUAAAAUAAAAUUUCCUCGGUUGUCCUCUUCUUCUGCCUUUUUGGCUAGCUAUACAUAUAAUAAGAAACAAAUAGAAAAGUUAACAAAAUUUUGGACAGUUAGGUAUAUAAAAAGUAUAAGUGAAAGAAUAAAGUAUGAAAUACUUUUUAAUAAUCCCCACAUUUGUGAAAGACAAAAUAAAUCAAAAAGGAAAAUAUAUAAUUUUGUGUGGAUAUUAAAAAAAAAAAAAAAAAAAAAUAGCUACCUGGGUACCAAUUGGUCAUGUGUUCAUAACAAAAAAAAAAAAAAAAAUUUGUCAACAAGAAAAAUAAAAAAAAGGAUAUCAUUAAAUUUUGUAAAUUACGAUAUGAAAAGUACCACUAUAGAAAAUUGUGCAGAUGAACAACAUUGUAACAUGGAGGAGGAAGAGGAGAUUGAACAUAUGAAGGGGGAAUAUAAUAUAAAACAUGUAAAACAAAAUGAUAAUAAAUUAAGUGCUAACCAAAAUGACAAUGAAAAGUUUUAUCCUUAUGAUAAUAUAAACCAAGAAGAAAUAUUCCAUCCUAAUAAUUUUUACUCAAACAAUGAAAAUUAUGAGGAAAAAAUAAAAAAAACAAAUAAUCAUUUUAUAGGACAAAAUGAAGAUAAAGUACAAGAAAAGAUACACACACCUUUUAGUGGUGAUCAUUAUAAUCAAGAAUUAGAAGAAAAUAUUAAUAAAUCAAACCCUAUUAGUAAUAAUGAAAUAUAUACAUAUAAUAUAAAUAAUAGUUUUUCAAUGUAUAAAAAUAUAGAUAAUAAUUAUGAUGAUAAUAUUAAUGAUACACAAAAUAAUAAAACAUACAUGAAAAAUUAUGAUCAUCAAUAUAAUAAUAUUAUUGAAUAUAUGAAAUAUCCAUGCAAUUAUAAUGCAUGCUUUCCAAAUAUAAUGACAAAUAAUAUUCCAAGUCAAGAUCUGUAUGAAGAAAAUUUAACGACACAACACUCAAACAAAAAAAAAGUAAAAAAAAAAAAACAACAACUAAAUCCAUGUUGUACAUUUAAUAUUCCUAGUAAUAGUAACAGUACACUUUUUUAUAGUAAUCAAAGUAAAAUAUUUUAUAGACCUUCCAAUAUUUAUUUAGACCCUAUGAUGGAUUCUUCUUAUUUAUAUUGGAAUGAACGAGAUUGGGUUACUCCAAAAAAUAAUAAUAAUUAUAAUAAUAAUUAUAAUAAUAAUAAUAAUGAAAAUUAUAACACAGAAUUUAUGAAGACAUCAAAAAUGGAGACACAUAUUACAGUGAAUACAAAUAAUAUAAAUGGUAUAUAUAAUAACAGUUCCAGUUUUUAUAAUAAUAAUGAAGUAAAUUACCAAGUAGAUGAAAAUAAAAAUAACAACAUACAUAAUAUUAAUGAUCAUAAAAAAUCUUUACAUUAUAAUAAUUUCGUUUUACCUUAUCCAUAUGAAUCUUAUACACAAGAUGUAUCCUCUACAUAUAAUAAAUUUUUACAACAUGCAAACAUGCAAUAUGAUCAAAAAGAAAAUAUUUCAUAUAAUAUAUUCAAAAAUGAUAAUAAAAAUAUAUGUGAAAAGAAUAAAAUGUAUAAGAAUAUAUCACCCUCAAAAGAAGACCAUUAUCAUAAUAAUAAUAAUAAUAAUAAUAAUGAGAAUGAUUAUAACCAUGAUAGUAAUAAAGUUACACCUUAUAUUAAAAAUAAAUAUGACAAUAAAUAUUCAUACACAAAGCAACUACCAUCUGUUCCAUUUAAAUCAUUAAAAAAUAAUUUAGAGGAACCAAAAUAUUUAUCAACAGGCAAUUUAGAACAAGAAAAAAAUUCCUUCGAAAAAGAAAAAAAUUCCUUCGAAAAAGAAAAAAAUUCAUUCGAAAAAGAAAAAAAUGUUUUCUUUCAUUCUAUAAAAAAUGUUUUAUGUUUAAAAAAAGAAAUAAAAAAAAUAAAAAUAAAUCUGAACAAUCAAAGAAAAUAUACUUUUCUCAAUAUGGAUGAAAAAAAAAAAAAUGAGCUUGAUAAUUUGAUAGGUUAUUUAAUGUAUCAAAAGAUGAUAAGAAAGAAAUUAAAAGAAUAUUAUUUUAAUAAAAUAAAUAAGGCAUUCUUUACAUUCUUAUUACGUAGUAAUCAGGCUAACUUUUCUUUUUCUCCACAAGAAGUUAUGUUAUUAAAAAAAUGGAAUCUAUUAAAAUUUAAACAAGCCAGAAAAAAUCAUAUCCUUCGAAAUAUUAAAAGAAAUACACAUAUGAAUUAUUCUGACGAUCAUGAAAAGGUAAUAACAUCAUCUAUACAAGGAAAAAAUCAUGUUGAAAAAAAUGUGGAUAAUAUAAGUAUUCCUAUGCCUGUUACAAACAAUAAUAUAGUCUUCAAACCACUAAAUGAAUAUAUGCGUAAAAAAUAUUAUCUUAAUAAUUUAAAAAAGCAUCAACAAGGGGAUAACAUAAUAAGUUAUGCUGAUACAAACAUAAAUACAUUAGAUGAUAAAAGGGGAAAAAAUAAUAGUAAUAAUUAUUAUAAAGAUGAUGAUAAUAUUUAUGUGGAUGAUUCUUUGUCAAAUGAUAAUAAACAUAGUUUAUUCAAAUCUAAUAAUAUCCUUUCAUAUUUAAGUACACAUAGAAUGAUAUAUAUGAAAAACAAAAAGAACAACAACAGCAACAACAACAGCAACAACAAUAAUAAUAAUAAUAAUAAUAAUUUAAUUUGUAACAGUUUUUAUAAUAAUAAACUAUUACCAAUGCCCUCCGAAUCUUUCUACGAAUUAUAUGAUCAUAACAAAACAAAUAUUUUUGAUGUAUUUUUGUUUCUAAAAAAUAUUAGAUAUAAAAAUGUAGAGAAAAGUUUUAAAAAGAAAUUAAAAAAAAAGAAAUAUAUAUAUUUAUCAAAUAUAAAUAACUGUAAUAAAAUGUUAGGUCAUAUAAAAUAUUUAUUUGUAAAAUUAUUAAGAAAAGAAAUUACAGAUAUAAUAGGUAUAUAUAUAAAUGAUUGUUUUAUAAAUUCAACAAUAUGUUUCUUUCUAUCAUUGAUAUUAUUUAUAUUUAAAAAUAUACAUACUAUAAAAAUUAUCAGAUCACACAUAUACUUAUCUUAUUUUAAUAUAUUCCUUGAUUAUUUCAAAAAUAAUAAUUUAAAAUGUAUGUAUUUUAUAUGUAAUAAUAUCCUAUAUGAUUUAAUGGUUGAAAUGGACACCCUUAGUAUUCAUGAUAACAAUGAAACGAGUGAAUCUAAAAACGAUGAACUUGUGAUCAAUCAUAAUAUUUACAAUGAAAAUAUCUAUGAUAAUGAUUAUCAAAAUAAACGAUAUAAAAAUUUUCUUAUUUAUUUCAAUCAAAAUUAUAUUAAAAAAAAAAAAAAAAAAAAAAAAAAAAUUGAUAAUAAUAAUAAAAGUGAUCAAGACGAAAAACAUCUUGUUGAACAAAGUGAAGAAAACACGGAAAAAAAAAAAAAAUAUAUGGAAGAAAAAAAUAAUUUAUAUAUAAAUAAUUCUGAACAAACAAAAGAGAAACAAAUACAUAAAAAGAAAAAAAAGAAAUAUAAAAUAAUUAUAAAUAAAGAUAAAUGUAAAAAGAAUUUUAUGUCUACUUGUGAAGAAAAUAAAAUUGUUUAUAAGAAAAAAAAACAAAUCAUUUUUUUCGACGAUGAUGGAUUUUAUAAUUAUUUCACAAAGAAAAAUAAAAAAAAUAAAAAAAAUGAACACACUAAUAAGGAAUAUAUAGAUGGGGAUAAUAAAGAAAAUAUAAGUGGAAAUAAUAAAGAAAAUAUAAGUGGAAACAAUAAAGAAAAUAUAAGUGGAAACAAUAAAGAAAAUAUAGAUGAAAACAAACAAACAAAUAAUAAUAAUAAUAAUAAUGAUAAUAAUGAUGAUGAUGGUGUGAUAAAAACAUCAACACAUGAUACUAAUUACAAAGAAAACGAACAAAUGAACAUGAAAAAAAAAAAAAAUAAUAAUAAUAAUAAAAUGGACAGAAAAGAAAGCAAAUUGCAACAAUUUAUAAAUAAAUUAAAAAUGAAGAAAGGAAAUGACAAUACGACAAAGAUGGAUAAUAAUAAUGAUGAAAGUGAUGAUAAUGAUGAUAAUAAUGAUAAUAAUGAUAAUAAUGAUGAUAAUAAUAAUAAGGAUGAUCAUAAUGAUCAUCAUAAUAAUAACAAUGAUAAUCAUAAUAAUAACAAUGAUAAUCAUAAUAAUAAUAUUAAUAAUGAUAAUGGUAGUGAUAAGCACAUUAAUAAAUACAAUAUACAUAGCUCGUCAAAUGAUGAAUCUUGCAUGUCGCUUGAUACAUUAGAUGGAGAUUCUUAUGAUAAUUAUUCACAUAAAAUUCCUAAGAAACAUUUAUAUUAUUUAGAUUUAAAUAAAUUAGAAAUUCUCAAAUUAUGCUCAAAUAAAUUAGAUGAUGAUGCAUUAAUAUAUAUAUCAAAUCUUAUAAAAAAAAAAAAAUUAAAUAAUUUAAAAGUCUUAGAUUUAAGAUGGAAUAAUUUUACAUAUAAAAGUUUAUUAACUUUAUCUUUUUCAUUAACUAAUAUAAUGAAAAAAAAUGAAUCAACAAAUAAUCAUAUAAGAAAAGAACAAACAGAUCAAAGAAAAAAAAAAAUUCAAAAAAUACAAUUAAAUAAAUUAUUAUUAUCAGGAAAUAAUAUUAACAGCUCUUUAUAUUCAUCUUUCUUAUCAAGCUUUUGCACAUGUAAUUAUAUUGUAGUUAAAAAUCUUGAUUUCUCAAUGAACAAAAUUGAUAAUGAAAGUUUUCCAAUUACAUAUAAAUAUUUACAACAUAUAAAAAAAAUACAAGAAAAAAAAAAAAAAGCACUUUUUAAAAGAAAACAAAUGUAUAAACAACAUAAAAAAGGAACUCAUAAUAAAACAAAAAUUGUCCAAAUAAAAAAUGAAAGUAUGAACAAUAAAAAUAUUAAAAAUAAAGGAGGUAAUAUAUAUAUAAAUUUAGAUCAUAAUAAUUUAAAAAAUUCUGUAUAUAUUAAUAAAAUAAAAAAACUUUUGAAGAAUUUCCCUAUUCAAAAUUAUAAAAAAAAAAAAUUUAUAAAUCACAUAAAUUAUAAUAAUCAACAUGUGAUAUUAAGUAUGCAAUAUAAUAACAUAAACAAUGUAUAUACAAACCAAGAAAAUAUAAAACAAAAACAUAAAAUUCAAAUUUGA